CAAAUUGGGGCACCAUGAUGCAUCGGGUUUUGCAAGUAUGGCAUGUUUUUGAGCGGCACCAGCAGCUUCCACGCGGUGGGCGAAGUCUCUUGAAGAGGUCCUUUGCCAAGAAAGCCAUACGAGACCCUCAGCCCGUGGAUCUCAAUGACGACGGCUUUGACGACGACGACUACGACGACGACGAGUUCGAUGGAGACGAGUACGACUUCGACGACUUGGACGAUGGCGACGUCGAUUUUGACUUGGAAGACGAGAUAGACGGCAUGGAAGCCUUUGACGAGUCCAUGGGAGACAAUGCGAACGUCAAGGAGGAGGUGAAGAAAAAGGUCAGCGUCCGGCGAGCGAAACACUCCAAGCGAAAGUUCAUCGACCGGAUUCGCAUUCGCGUCAAAGGAGGCAUGGGAGGCAACGGGUGCACCAGCUUUGUGAUGGAAGGCCCAGGACAAAAACGACCAAACGGAGGCCAUGGCGGCGCCGGUGGCGACGUAAUCAUUCGCGUCGAUCCUCGACUGCAAAACUUGUACAAGCCAACACAUCAUUAUAACGGAGGCGAUGGCUGGAACGGAAUGCCAAACGAUCGUGCUGGCCGCCGCGGUAGCGAUGUGGUCGUGACGGUACCGCCAGGCACUAUCGUCAAGCAAGUUGAGCGGUUUGAACGAUGGAAUGAUGAGCUAGACGACUACGAGACCGUAGAUCGGCUGGAAAACUUGGUGGACUUGGACCGACCUGGCGCUGAGUUCAUGGCUGCCGUGGGCGGCAAACCAGGUUUGGGCAGUCGAAUCUUGGCGGGCAAAACCACCAAGUUUGGCGGACUGCGCAAAGUCAUGCCUGAAGGCAAGAACGUGGGAGCAAUGGGCACGUCGAACUACCUUGAAUUGGAGCUCAAAACGAUCGCCGACAUCGGGUUGGUGGGGUACCCCAACGCAGGCAAGUCGACGCUGCUGCGAUCGCUGUCGAAAGCGACCCCCGAAGUGGCGCCUUAUCCGUUCACGACGUUGCAUCCCAACGUCGGUGUGGUUGAGUUCCCUGACACGUACCGCUUCAGUGUGGCCGACCUGCCUGGGCUCAUUGAAGGAGCCCAUCGCAACGUGGGCCUCGGUCAUUCCUUUCUGAGGCACAUUGAGCGCACCAAAGUGUUGCUGUAUGUCCUCGACACUGCUGGCACGGAAGGCCGAGACCCCGUGGAAGACUUCUACCAUUUGCAGAAUGAGCUGGAGCUAUACGCACCCAACAUUACGUCUCGCCCAUCGUUGAUUGCUGCCAACAAGAUGGAUGCGCCAGGGGCUGACGUGAACCUGGGACGUUUGAAAAAAGCGGUGCAGUUGCCAGUGGUGCCUUUGAGUGCCUUGCAUAAGGUGGACAUCAAGAUCCUGGCGUCGUCUGUGCGCUGGAUGAUCGAAAACUACAAGUCCAUCGAGGACUAACUGCGUAUUUCAAUGGUUAGCGCGUAGCGUAAGCGAGCCGUCUUGCUGAAGGUCGUGUGGAGGGUUAGCUGGGUCGCAUUGGCUGGGGUUUUAGUGAUUGAUAGCACUUGAGGGUGCCACACCAUCAAAUUGUACGAAAAGUUUGACCGGAUGCAUCUCAUUGGCCAAAAUACACCAUACCUCA